UAACCUCGGACUUUAUAUGGAUUGAAAGUAGUUAUUGUCGUAAAAUUAUUAAACAAAUACACUCAUGUCUCAAGAAUUCAGAUGUUACAUUUUCCACCAUGGCUUAUCAUUGAAAUAAAAUAGGUCAUUGUUAUUUCAGACUUUCACCGAGUUUACUCAUAAGUACAUUUGUUCUCACAAUGGAUAGUUUUCCUAUUUUCCUGCUUUGCGUAUUUUUUAUUAACUUAACUUAUGGUAAUGUUAUAGUAAGUACAAAGUACGGAGAUGUGCUGGGGACUAAGACGGACAAAGCUUUGCAGUUUUUAGGGAUACCGUUUGCGAAACCACCUGUCGGUGAUCUUAGAUGGAGGUCCCCGGAAUCACCGGAAUCUUGGUCCCCAAAUGUUUAUAAUGCAACGGUUCGAGCCCCAGGCUGUCCACAGAAAUUCUGCACCAAGUACCUGCCAGACAGCGGCUGCCCAACAGAAACUUCGGAGGACUGUCUAUAUUUAAAUGUGUGGACGCCACUUAACGCCCAGAAUUCAAUGAAAUACCCGGUUAUGGUAUUUCUACAUGGCGGGGCGUUUAAAUGGGGCUAUCCGGCGGCAGACGUCUACGACGGGAAUAAUAUAGCUAAUCACGGCGAGGUUGUUCUUGUUACUGUUGCUUACAGAAUAGGACUUCUGGGGUUUUUGUACACGGGUGAGCGUAAAGCGGACAGUCAUGGGAAUUAUGGGUUGCAGGAUCAGAGGCUGGCUUUAAACUGGGUCAGAGAGAACAUACAGAAUUUCGGAGGCGAUCCGGGAAAAGUAAUGCUGUUUGGUGAAAGUGCGGGUGCACAAUCUGUCUUCAUUCACAUGGUUUCUCCAAAGUCGAUCGGGCUCUUUCAUAGCGCAGCUGUACAAAGUGCCCCAUUUGGUAUACCAUACCGUACAAAACUACAGGCCCUUGGUGUUGCAAACGCAAUAUAUCUCCUCGCUGGAUGCUUUAUUGGCGAUGUGAAAUGCCUAAGAUCGAAAUCUGCCGAAGAAAUUGACGAAGCACAGGAAAAAUCAAUGCUUGCACCAACGUCUCUUAAAGUCAUAAACUAUUUUGAACCGAUUGGACCAAUCAUCGACGAGGAAGAAAACCCCCUUCAGCCAAUGGACGCGCUCCGCCAAAAUAAAGUGCGAAAUGUACCCACAAUUCUCGGAACGUUGAAAGAUGAAGGUAGAAUGUUUAUUCACGGGUUUUUGAACACGUCAUUGCCGCCAGUUUUGUACGAGGCGGCGCUAGGCAUAUUUAAGCCCUCCCAUUUCUUUCAAAUAAACAAGGAGUAUCCACUUCCGAGUGGAGAAAAAGAUUUGCGUGACACAUUGAGUCAGGUGGCCACUGAUUACCUCUUCACAUGUUCCAACAGGAAUGUCAGUCGACUUAGAGUUAAGCACAAUAUGGAAACAUACAGAUUCGUUUUUGAGCACGCAUCAGACUAUCCGAGUCCAACCUCGGACCAUUCCUUUUGCGAAAAGCACGUGUGCCAUGCAGCAGAGCUACCGUACUUGUUUGGUAAUUUUCUCGGAAGAAACGUUACCGAAAACGAGAUUAAUAUGUCACGUGAGAUGAUGUCAUACUGGACAAAUUUUGCACAUACGGGUAAUCCGAAUAAUGGUAGGAGCGUUCCAGAUAUUAAAUGGCCCGCGUAUGAAUAUGAAAAUUCUAAGAACGCGACAAUGCACUUUAUAACACCAAAGGACGAGCUUAUAGAAAACUAUCGCGAUGACUUCUGCGAUUUUUGGGAUACAGUGGAUUACGAAAAAUAGGCAAACGACACCAGCUUCUAUAAAUCACAUAAAGAAUUAAUUUAAUAGAAAAGAAAAUUGUUGUGUGAUAUUAAUCGUCGCUCUUCUCUGGAUCCAAAGAAAUAUAAUAAAUUUCAGGGAACAUAUUAAUGAUAUAUUCACCUCGUACAUUUCAGUCAAUCAAUGUGUUGAACGUAAACGUUUGAAUAUUGUGAUUUCAUAAAAUACUUAAGUUUUGGACAGCCACUCAAAUAUAUUACCAAGGAAAAUAAAAGAAACGAGGUAAAAUCUGCCGUUCGGGGCAAAUUGAUACAUUAAUUAUGGAAAGGAUCGUAUGGUCAUAUUUUAAAGAAACUGCAUUUUACCUCAUUAAGAAUUCCUUGCAUGACCGCGUCUAAUUAAUUAUUUGCAGCCUGAUCAAUUCAAAGCGAGGCUGAUAUUCAAAGCGAGGCAAAAGUUUGAUUUGCUGCGUUUGGCGGCUGUAUUCCGUCUGCUGAUUUAAAAUUCAAAUCAGUGUCAAUAUUUACAUUAUCCAACAAAGGUGUUUGCAGUUGCUUUGUCAUGAUGUAAUAAGGCACGUAAACUUAUUAAUUUUAUAUAAAAGCACAUUGAAUUUGAUAUGUGAAAUAUGGGGUGUCUUGCUAAUCGAAUUCUAGUUUUUAUGAGAUAUCUAUUCGGUGAAUUAUUUUUGAUAUUAGUGUUUCCGGUUUUUGACGUAUUUAUAAAUAAAUAAAAACUUAGACCCUUGGAUUUCAUAUACAUGUAUAUAGGGUUAGCGCACGUUUUUCCGUGUAAUAACGUCUGCAGAGUCCCAAGGAAUGGUUUGGGGUAUAACAACAUAAUUUGAUAAAAGGUUAAUUUUGAAAUUCUAACUUCAUCUAAUUGAAUUUAUAAUUAAUUAUUUUUUAUACCACUGAAUUAAGUCCUUGCUGAUAUUAGAUUUUAUUGAAAGCUUUAAGUUUAGACAGGUCAAUGGUGUCAAAUUUAAUUCUUUUUAUAAAGGGUGUCCAUUCUAAUUCUAUUAUAACAGUGACCCGAGAGUUUUUAAAAAAACUGAAACAGUUUCGUUCUCAAGAAGUCAAUGAUCACCUUAAUAUGGUACAAAACCUUUCAGGCCUAAAUCCAGCUAAUAUUUACAUAUCCUCAAAUAGUUUAAAACAUGUGUCGGAAGUUCAAUAUUUAAUGUAGUGACGUAUAUAAGUGCAAAGCUGUUAAGACUAUAGAAAAACAACUUAUCAAAAUCAGUAUCAACCACUGGCAACCUCAAGAGCUGUUAAAAAUGCCUUAAGAUUAUAUAGUUUAUAUAGUU